AGGGACAGGCAGGGAAAGGGGAGUGAGAGGUAAUUUUAACUGAGAGCAAGUGCUCCAGAGAGAGGGAGAGAGCAAGAGCAUGUGUGUGGGAGGGACAGAGAGUGAGAGAGUGUGAGAGCCAGCCAGCGGACGGGGGCUGUAAAUCCGUUAACAGGGGCGCUCUGUGCAUUUGUUAGACAUCUUGGCUGUCAGCCCAACUUGGCUCAUUGUAAUCAAGGCAUGAUCGUGGACUCCAAGCAGCCCUCUCCGCCACCUCGGCUGUUGCCUCGCGCUUGGACCCAGCCCAGGUUUCAACGCUGACAUGGAGAGACCUACCCCCAGUGACGUCAUGUUGAAGAAAGAGAAGGAUGUGGAGCUGGAUAAGAAGAUUGAGGCGCUCCGCAGGAAGAAUGAAGCACUCAUGAAGAGGUACCAGGAGGUAGAGGAAGACAAGAAGAGAGCGGAGAAGGAAGGAAUUAUACUGCAAAGCCCUAAGGGUAAAGCAGGGGACUUAACCAUCACCAUCAACAAGUCUACCAGCGAUCCUCGUGUUGUGAUGACCAAACCAGGGACGGGUGGUUCUCCCACCCCAAAGUGGGUCCAGGAGCUUGGGGAGAGGGAGACGGAGGGGAACCUGCUGGGCUCUGGGCGGGGCAGGAGGAAGCAGCUACUGGUCACCAUGGCUGGCAACACAAAGGGUAAGAGGGUGGUGAGUGAGAGGCUGGAGAGAAGACCAGGUCCAGGUCCCCUCAGUCCACUAGAUGUGAAGAGCCCUACAGAGGACAACCAGCACCGUGUGGCAUCAACAGCAAGAGGAAAACACCAGCACACUCACACAGCAAAGAGGGACACAGGACCACAGGAUGAAGUAGGGCAGGGGAAGUGUUUGACAGAGGAGCGUCACUGGCUGUCAGAGUGUGAGCCUUACCACCAGGAGUCUGAGAGGCUAGACCCAGCGGGCGACACAGACCUCACCAUCCCCACGUCUAAAGUGGAGCAGCAGGAGUACUUGUGCUGGAAGAUGGAGCGUGAGCAGAUCGACCGUGAACGCUUGGCGCGCCACAAAAAUGCCAAGGGCCAGUGGAGGCGGGCAUGGGACAUGGACAAAACAGAGAAUAUGUUUUCAGAUAAAUCUCCUAGGGAGAGAGAAAGGGGGCCUACAGCCAGAGGAGGAAGAAAUGCAAAGAGAGGUCACCCUAAAUCAAAUGCUGAUCCACUGGGUCAGCAGCUGUGGGGCAAAGACAAGCGGGGUAAAAAUGUUCCAGUGGUCAGCAGUAAAGCCAAGGGCAAGGACCGGCUGACUGGGAGGGCCAGAAGAUGGGAUGCCAGCGAGUAUGGGGAGGAUUUGCAGGCCUCUAAGACUAGUUUGGAGGAAUUCUUAGAAGAGCUUGAUGCUUUGGCUGACCCUGACAUAGAUGACUCCACUGCAGAAACUCCAGAGGUCAAAGAGGGUGACCUCAAAAUGGAGUCUUCGCUAACCCUGGAUGUGGUGAAGACCGAGAAAGUGAGUGGAAGCGUCAGUCCUGGCCUGGACAAGGCCGAGACGGCUCAGGCCCCAGCCGACCCCCUGGAGGACGGGACAUCCAGACCGGGGAAGGCUGAGGCCUCGUCCCCUCGAGCUACAGAGAAGAAGGUCCGCUUCUCAGAGGAGCUCAUCAAGGGGCCCGGGGCCUACGAGAAGCCCAGUACUGGAGCCCAGAACUCUGCCCGCUCAGAAACCAAGGGCACCAGCGUGUUAAAAGUUGCCUCCCCCAUCAAAAACGCACAGAAGUUCGAGGAGCAGAAGCAGUCCCCCAAGGGCGACCAGGAGGAUGCUGGUAAUGCCCUGGACUGGAGGGAUCGGCAGGCUGCAGCUGUCCAGGCACAGAGCUCAUCUGAUGGGAAUAGACAGGGUCAGGAGGGCCCUCCGUUUCUUGAUGCCUUCAAAACAGAAUGUGCUGAAAGCGGCCAUGAUGGUGUGCUCAGCCCUGUUCUUCUCAUUUCACACAGCGAUGCCCCUCCACAGGAUAAUUCUGUCCAGCCUUUAGAGCAUGCCAAGAGCAAUACAGAGGAGCUGAUUGACUCCAGUCUGUCUGUUCUCAGCCUGGAGUCAGGAGGGACUCACCCAACCCACACCACCAGUACCGAUAAGGCAAGAGAAAAUGGGAAGAUUGUUUGAAGGACUUGGCGUUGCGAUAACAUUUUCUAGAACUGAACAACAACAUGCUUAAUUAAUUCAAGCGUUUACCAUGAGCCUUUUAGUUUAAUACCGCACUUGCUUCCAAUAACUCUUUGUAGAUGUCCUGUGUCUAGUUGGUCAGGUUAAGACUAACAUGCGCAAUGUUGUUUCUUUUGAAAGGAUGCUAGCUGCUCAAGGUGGGAAAAGGAAACAAUACAUGUUCAAGUGAAGUCAUUUUGAGCCUUUUGUCUGCUUGAAAAUACUUUGCUUACAAGCACUUUAUUCUUUAUGAGGUAUGAGUACUGACAUGUCAUACAUUACUUAAAGUUGGAAUCCUUAAUGGUGAAACAGCUACGUCCGUUUGCGAUAUUACAAUAACAAAGAAGUUACUGCAAACAAUGAACACAGUUUUUUCCCCUCUGACAUCAUUACACACGUGAUAGAAGAGCACAAUAAGUAUUGCAUUUUUUUUACCAUGCUGCACGGUGCUCCUCAGUUCAGCAACAGUAACAAUGGUGGUGGUUGGGCGGCCAGCGGCGCUGUUUCCCCUUACUGCGGAUUCCAUCUUUAAGUCUGUUAUUUGAAUGGCUGUUUUUGUUUACAUUUGAAGUAUUAUUUCAAGGUACCAGUCCCAAUGCUUGUAUUAGUUCAGUUCCUAUGGAUGACUAACCUACAUAACCUGAACAGGCCCUGCCAUUAACCUUUGCCAGCCUUAGCAGUUGAAUGACAAAAUAUAAUUAGCAUUAUAUGCUAUUAGUUGUACACUGACUUUAUUUACAGUACUAUUCAAAAGUUUGGACACACCUACUCAUUCCAUGGUUUUUCAUUUUUUAAACUAUUUUCUACAUUGUACAAUAAUAAUGAAGACAUCAAAACUAUG